AUGGAGAAAAAAAGGGAUAUCACAACACUUCCGGUUAUCGGAAUCUCGAUGUUUCUUCUACUGCUAUCACACCUUUCCACGGCGGAGAAGAAAACUUACAUAAUUCACAUGGCUAAAUCCGAGAUGCCGGCGGCCUUCGAGGACCACACCGACUGGUACGACUCGUCGCUCCAGUCGGUCUCCGGUUCGGCUCAGAUGAUCUACGCCUACACCAACGUGAUCCACGGCUUCUCCGCCAGGCUCACGCCGGAGGAGGCCCGGGAUAUGGAGGCCCGGCCCGGAAUCCUCUCCGUCCUCCCCGAGAUGAGGUACGAGCUCCACACCACCCGGACCCCUUCCUUCAUGGGCCUGGACCAGAACGCCGCCGUCUUCCCGGAGUCCGACUCGGCCGGUGAGGUCAUCGUCGGCGUACUCGACACCGGGGUCUGGCCCGACAGCCCGAGCUUCGACGAUACGGGCUUCGGGCCGGUCCCGACCUCCUGGAGGGGCGACUGCGAGACGGGGACCAACUUCUCGAAAUCGAGCUGCAACCGGAAGCUGAUCGGGGCCCGGUACUUCGCGAGGGGCUAUGAGGCCACGCUAGGUCCCAUCGACGAGUCCAAGGAGUCCAAAUCGCCGCUCGACGGCGACGGCCACGGGACCCACACCUCCACGACGGCCGCCGGAUCUGUCGUAGCCAACGCUAGCCUGUUCGGGUUCGCCGCCGGGACGGCCCGUGGGAUGGCCUCCCGGGCCCGGUUGGCGGUUUACAAGGUCUGCUGGGCCGGCGGCUGCUUCAGCUCGGACAUCCUGGCGGCUUUGGACCGGUCCGUGGCCGACCGCGUCCACGUGCUGUCCCUCUCGCUGGGCGGCGGCAUGUCCGACUACUACAGGGACAGUGUGGCCAUUGGAGCCUUUGCCGCCGUCGAGAAGGGCAUCUUUGUCUCCUGCUCGGCCGGUAACGCGGGGCCCGGCCCGUACAGCCUGUCUAACGUGGCGCCGUGGAUAACUACCGUCGGCGCCGGCACCCUCGACCGCGACUUUCCGGCGUACGUCAGCCUUGGAAACGGGAAAAACUUCUCCGGUGUCUCCUUGUUCAAAGGCGACCCGCUCCCUGGCAGGCUCCUCCCCUUCAUCUACGCUGGGAACGCGACCAACGCCACCAACGGCAACCUCUGUAUGACGGGGACGCUCGACCCUGAAAAGGUGCGGGGAAAAAUCGUCCUGUGCGACCGCGGCGUAAACCCCAGGGUCCAGAAGGGCGCAGUUGUCAGAGCCGCCGGAGGCGCCGGCAUGGUACUCACCAACACCGCCACCAACGGCGAGGAACUCGUGGCCGACGCCCAUUUGCUUCCAGCCACGGCACUCGGCGAGACUUCCGGCAAAGCAAUUAAAGAGUAUUUGUCCUCAGAUCCCAAUCCGACGGCCACAAUAUUUUUCGAGGGGACCAAGGUGGGGAUCGAGCCGUCCCCUGUCGUGGCAGCCUUCAGCUCCCGAGGGCCCAACUCCAUCACGCCCGAGAUCCUGAAGCCAGAUCUGAUUGCCCCUGGCGUGAACAUCCUCGCCGGAUGGUCGGGCUUAGUGGGCCCCACUGGACUAGCCGAGGACGGGCGGCGUGUGGGCUUCAACAUAAUCUCCGGGACUUCCAUGUCGUGCCCCCACGUGAGCGGCCUAGCCGCCCUGAUGAAGGGGGCCCACCCAGGCUGGAGCCCGGCCGCAAUUCGGUCGGCCCUGAUGACCACAGCCUACACUGCCUACAAGCACGGUGGUGUGAUCCUGGACGUGUCCACCGGCAGGCCAUCCACCUCGUUCGACCAUGGAUCGGGCCACGUGGACCCCGUCUCGGCCCUCAACCCGGGCCUCGUCUACGACCUGGAUGCCGACGACUACUUAAGUUUCCUUUGUGCUUUGAAAUACACGCCGGCACAAAUCUACAGCCUGGCAAGGAGGAACUUUAGCUGUUCACCGCGCAAAGUAUACAGCCCGAAUGACCUGAAUUACCCUUCGUUUGCGGUGACCCUCCCGGCGCAGAUGGGCGAGGGUAGCCCAGGACCCAGUGUGGUUAAGCACACGAGAACGCUCACCAAUGUGGGGCCUCCCGGGACAUACAUGGUCUCGGUUUCCUCGACGAGCGAGUCGGUGAAGAUAUCGGUUGUUCCGGGAGUGCUGACUUUCAGUCGAGCGAACGAGAAGAAAUCGUAUGUGGUGACAUUCAGCACGACUCCAAUGCCGUCCAAUACGAACGCGUUCGGGACGGUCGAAUGGUCUGACGGGAGGCAUGUUGUGAGGAGUCCAGUUGCUGUUAGUUGGACAUAG